UAGUCCCCUCAGUAUAUUCUGGGCAGCCCCAAUGCAAGGCAACCUAAAGCUAAUGGAUUCGUGCAGCAGCGGCCCUAUCAAAAGGAUUCGGGCAGCGGCGGUAACGGAGCGAGGCAUCAAUUAAGCUAUUUAAUGCCUGGCAUCGCAUCGAAUAUGCGGAUCAAAUCAAAAUCUUGAUCUCAUCUCCAGCUAGCUCGCAGGGCGGUUGCCGUUGGGCGCGACGCCGUCAUGCGGAUGCUGAUGAGCGCACCAAUGAUUUCGGAAAGCGAUUACCGGAGCGGACGGGGCCGGAGGCGGAGGCGGACGCCGACGCGGAUCCUCCUGGUGUCUCUCCCACUCCAAAACCCUAGAUCCGCCGUCGCCGGCCACGGGGACGGAGGAGCACCGGUCGCCCCUGCCACGGCGUCGUCGGACUCAGAUCAACCCGUCGCGAAGCGGACGCGCAGCCGCAGCCGCGCCUCCGCCGCGGGAGCCAUUGCCGUCCUCCCCUUGGACCUCCUGCUGUGGGAGAUCCUGCUCCGCCUGCCCGCCGCGGCGCUCCUCCGCUGCCGCGCCGUCUGCCGCUCCUGGCGCCGCCUCACCUCCGACAACCCCGGUUUCCUCCUCGCGCACCACCGCCGCCAGCCGUCGCUGCCCCUCUUCGUCCUCACCAGAUCCUACGACCGCAAGUACCCCGCCCUCGGCCCCGGGCGCGGCCAGCCUCUCCUCGGGCUCAGCAACCACGACAAGGGCUACCGUACCGCGACUUCGUGCUCCACGCGUCCUGCGACGGACUCCUCCUGGUCUCCCUCCCGAACAGCUGCUUCAGCAUCUGCAACCCGGCCACGCGCCAGCGCGCUCCGGUCCCGGGUCUCAACGCCGACGCCUACUGGACCAACGUCGAAGCGAUGUACCUCCACCGCCCCUCCGGGGAGUACCGUGCUCUUUACUGGCACCACCGCGGACACAAAAACCACACCAAUAAUGAGGGCGAAACCCUGUGCUACAUCCUCAGGGUGCCGCGGGCGCGAGAGCCGAGGCACAUUGUGCUUCCUGCGGCUUACCGUGGCAUUGUGCAUUGUCCUAAUCCGCCCGUCAUGAUCCGCGGCUGCCUUCAUUGGGAUCCCGGCCGCUGUUCCCUCGACACGGCGGUUGUUUUCGACACCGAGGCCGAGUCAUUCAGGUCGAUGCGCCUCCCGGCUGCUGCUUUUGCUGGUAACAGCCGCAGCUGCACUCGUUUGCACGACAUGGAUGGUAUGCUUGGCCUCAGUUGCUUCGAUGAAAGCGGAACGGUUGCGGAGGUCUGGGUGUUGGAGGACUAUGAGAGGGAGGUCUGGUCACUCAAGUACAAGAUUAAUUUCUCAUCGGACAGCAUGUGUAGCUUAGCAAAGAGACACCUGGUUUUGUCCCACGAGGGAGAUAUGCUGCUAUACAGUAACUCAAGUCUGGAAGCCACAUGGUUCACUAUGAGGGCAAGUUUCUAGAGAAAUUCCAAUGGGAAUCAUGGGCUUCAACCUUGACUGGACAUUUGUACAAAGAGAGCCUUGUCAAGCAUGAUUUCUUCCCGAAGCCAUACAGUGCUCCUACAGUUAGACAUCGAUCUCUUUUCACAAAACUCUAAAUUAAGUUACAGGCAAUGCCAGAUCAAUCAACUGUUACCUAAAUUAACAAGGAGUAUCGGGCUACAUUUUGAAGAUUGAUCUUUAUGCUCUUCACCCAUAAUGUUCAGUUAUCAACCUGCGUCUAAAGUUUAGGCGCUGGCAGCCAAUAAAAUUAAACUAGUUGUGCAACAGUUCAGUGUUUUUUUUCUUCAACUGUAGCAGAGUUCAAUUCCUUUUGGUAUAAUAUAGUACUUGGUAGUCGUUGAAGUUUUUUCAGUUUUCUGUCCUGAUUACUGAUGUUCUCAACACAUGGUUUUCAUUCAAUAUUGCACUGAAAAUUAAUGCGUCCAGUGCACUGAAAUAAAGUCGUACGUCAUGCCCA